UAAUCUGCUUGUAAUUGAUUGGAAUUAAAUUAUUGAAUAUUAAUAUUGAAAUUAUUAAAACAAUUUUUUUGUGUCUGCAAUGGAUUUUAAUAUGAAUUUUAAAGAUAAAGUAAUAUUAGUGACCGGAAGUAAUUCAGGAAUAGGAGAGUCAACUGUCCUAUUGUUUUCUCAAUUGGGAGCUAAAGUAGUGGUGACUGGAAGGGAUAAACAUAAGAAUGAAUUGGUUGCCAAUAAAUGUCAACAAAUAUCACCAAAUAAUUAUAUGCCAUUGAAAGUAAUGGCUGAUAUGGCAAAAGAAGAAGAUAUUAAUAGACUCAUUGACUCAGUUGUACAACAUUUCGGUCAAAUCGAUGUAUUGGUCAACAAUGCGGCGAUUGGUGGCGGACAUCCUGACGAAACAUUAGAAGAAUUGGAUAAUUAUUAUAAUAUUAACUUACGAUCAGUUUAUCAGUUGUGCACAAAAGCAAAACCAUUCCUCGAGAUUACAAAGGGAUCUAUUGUUAACAUUUCCAGUAUUAAUGGACUCAAACCGUUUCCAAAUGUGUCGUAUUGUAUAUCGAAAGCUGGUCUCGAUAUGUUAACCCGAUGUUUGGCUAUCAAUUGGGGACCAAUUGGCAUAAGAGUUAACGGUCUUAAUCCGGGACAAAUAGACACUCCUAUUUGGGAGGCAUCGACAUCAUUGAGUCGACAACAAAUUGAUGACAUGUGGAAAGCAGUUGACGCCAAUUAUCCGGUUAGAAGGCGUGGAUAUCCAGAAGAUAUUGCAAAAGCUAUUGUAUUUUUAGCGUCAAAAGAGUCUUCGUUUAUAACCGGAGUUAAUGUCAGAAUAGACGGCGGAUUUCUUGACUCCGCUUCUCUAAUACUUUAA